GGUUUGUGGUGGGCCAUGCUGGGUUGUACCAAGCCCUGGCCAUGUUUGCGGUGGCGUACUUCAUCAUCGGCAUGACGGUGCUGUCUGUGUGUGCCAUCGCUACCAAUGGGGCGCUGGAUGCCGGAGGAGCCUACUAUAUGAUCAGCCGUGCCCUAGGCCCGGAGUUCGGGGGCAGCAUCGGGAUCAUGUUUUUCCUGGCCAAUGUGUGUGGCAGUGCCCUCUACGUGCUGGGGCUGGUGGAGGCAGUGGUGGACAGCUUUGGGAUCCCACCUGGGCAAAAUGUGGGCACAGGCGUCCACGUGCUUCCACAGAGCUACUGGUAUGAGCUGCUCUACGGCACCGUGCUGCUGGCCCUCUGCCUCCUUGUGUGCCUUGUGGGUGCCUCCAUCUAUGCCAAGGCCACCUUCCUCAUCUUCCUCAUCGUCGCGGGCGUCCUGGGCACCAUCCUCAUCAGCUUCUUCGCCACGCGGCCCAUCGGAGUGCCCAUCCGCCUGCCCCGCUUCAAUGGCUCCGAGAACGGCUCCUUCACCGGCUUCUCCCCUUCCACCCCCCCUUUUUCUGGGGGAGGUGGGUACGGGGUGGACUACACCACUGGGCAGAUGAUGAGCUUCAGCUCCGUCUUCGCUGUGAUGUUCAACGGCUGCACCGGCAUCAUGGCAGGGUCCCAAAUGGCAGGAGGGGACCUGAAACGCCCGAGCUACUCCAUCCCGCGGGGCACCAUAUCUGCAGUGCUCUUCACCUACCUCGUCUACAACCUGCUGGCUUUCCUCAUGUGUGCCACCUGCAACAGGACCCUCCUGCAGAAAGACUACGGCUUCUUGCGUGACAUCAGUAUCUUCCCACCCCUGGUCACCGUGGGCAUCUACGCUGCCACCCUCUCUGCGGCCAUGAGCAACCUCAUCGGGGCAUCCCGCAUCCUCUACGCCCUGGCCCGGGAUGAUCUCUUUGGCCGGGCCCUGGCGCUGGCCAAGAAGACAUCUGCCAGCGGGAACCCCGUGAUGGCGGUGAUCCUCUCCUGGCUGGUGGUGCAGCUGGUGCUCUUCUCUGGGAAGCUCAACACCAUCGCAGGGGUCGUGACUACCUUCUUCCUCCUGGUUUAUGCCACCGUCAACCUGGCCUGCCUGGCACUGGAGUGGGCAUCGGCCCCCAACUUCAGGCCCACUUUCCGGUACUUCACCUGGCACACGUGCCUGCUGGGCAUCGCGGGCUGCUGCGUCAUGAUGUUCCUCAUCAGCCCCGUAUCGGCCUCGGUGAGCCUGGGCUUCCUCCUCCUCCUCCUCCUCGCCCUCCACUACCUCUCGCCCAGCAGCACCUGGGGCUACAUCAGCCAGGCCCUCAUCUUCCACCAGGUGCGGAAGUACCUGCUGAUGCUGGAUGUGCGGAAGGACCACGUCAAGUUCUGGCGCCCACAGAUGCUGCUGAUGGUGCAGAACCCACGGGGCAGCGCCCGACUCAUCGACUUCGUCAAUGACCUCAAGAAGAGUGGCCUCUACGUCCUGGGCCAUGUUGAGCUGCAGGACUUGGAUGCGCUGCCCUCGGACCCACUGCAGCCCCAGCAGGACUCGUGGCUGAGCUUGGUGGACAAACUGAACGUCAAGGCCUUCAUCAGCCUCACCCUUGCGCCUUCAGUGCGUCACGGUGUCCGGCAGCUCCUCUUCACCUCCGGCCUUGGUGGGAUGCGCCCCAACACCCUGGUGCUGGGCUUCUACGAUGACACGGCACCGCAGGACGGUCUAGCCCGGCACCCUGCCUUCACCAGCGCCCGCGAGGAGGUCCCCCUGGGCUUCCCCCCUCUGCGGGCACCCACCACCCCCAAGCUGCUCUCAGCCCGGGAGUACGUGGGCAUCGUGGCUGAUGCCCUGAAGAUGCUUCGCAACGUCUUGCUGGCCCGGCAGCUG